AUGGGGCGAUUUGGAGGGCGUGGACUAGGAGGAACUCAUGCAGGAACGCAUAGUAAUGCACAUGGAAAUGCUCAUGGCCCAGGGCACGGGAGUAGUGGUGGAGGAGGAGCAGAAGGAGUGGAUCGUUUGUUUGAUGGAGAAGGGCGUGGAGAAGAGUAUGAUGGAUAUGGAGGGAGCCAGGUAACGUUACGGGCACUGGUUUCUACAAAAGAAGCAGGGAUCAUUAUUGGGCGCCAGGGAAAGAAUGUAGCAGAGCUGCGUGGAGCGAACGGUAUUAAAGCAGGAGUUAGUAAAGUUGUUCCGAAUAUUCACGACCGUGUUCUUACUAUUUCUGGGUCUCUUGAUGGUGUUAGUAAGGCAUAUGCAGCAAUUGCGCAGGCAUUUAUUGACAAUCCAAUUGGGCAUUCAACAAACCAUGCAUCUUCUUCGUCUGAGCCUCAGUCAUCUAUUCGGUUGCUUAUUUCACACAAUAUGAUGGGCACUAUUAUUGGUCGUCAAGGGCUUAAAAUUAAACAUAUUCAAGAUUUAUCUGGUGCAAGAAUGAUUGCAUUUAAGGAGAUCCUUCCUCAGUCUACAGAAAGGAUUGUUGAAGUACAGGGUGUCGUUUCGUCGAUUCAAACUGCAAUUUGGGAGAUUGGUAAGUGUUUAAUUGAUGAUUGGGAACGAGGCAUUGGGACAGUCUUUUAUAACCCAUCUUUAAGACUUUCCUCUACUUUAGUUCCAGGGCAUCAAGGUAAUAGUAUUCUUUCCGGGGCACAGCCGGGCCAUUAUCUUCAAUAUCAGCGUCAAAGUUCACAAAUGAACUAUUCUCGGUUGGGAAAUAUGCCGUCUCAUUUUCAAGAACCAUUGGAUACUUCAAAUCAGGAUAUUCGUGUACAGAAUAUUUCCAUUCCCUCAGAUAUGGUGGGUUGUAUCAUUGGUCGUGGUGGUAGUAAAAUUAGUGAAAUACGAAGAAUUAGUGGAAGUAAAAUUAGUAUUGCGAAAGCUCCGCAUGAUGAGACAGGAGAACGAAUGUUUACAAUUCAAGGAACCGCUUCUUCAAAUGAAAAGGCACUUUAUAUGCUUUUUCAAACAUUAGAAGCCGAAAAAAAUCGACGGGGCCAAGAAAAUCUCAAAUAG